GCCCGGCCUUGGACCUGCACGGGGCCCCUAAGGCGGAGUCAGAGGCAAACUAGACUUGUCUCGGCGAGCGUAUAAAAGCCGCCCUCCCUCCGAACACCGCCACAGCCUUCGUCAGCCCAGCCACACAACAUGAAGCUCGUUCUCCUCGCCUGCCUCCUCGCCCUCUCCGCCGCGGCCCCUCAGUUCCUGAGGCCCAGCCGCACCUCCCAGCCCUUCAUCCCCUUCAUCCCCCCGCCGCCACAAGGCAACCGCAUCAUCCAGGUGCUGAGGGACAGCCGCGACGACCGCGGGGACGGCAACUACAACUACGAGUUCGAGACUGAGAAUGGCAUCUACACCAACGUGGAGGGGCGCACUGGACUGGCUGGCCAGACCAACCAGGCGGGCUCCUUCAGGUUCACCCUUCCUGAUGGCACCCUCGCUGAGGUCACCUUCGUGGCUGACGAGGCUGGAUUCCGCGCCCAGUCCCCGCUGCUGCCUCAGGCCCCACCCAUGCCCGCCCACGCCCUUGAGCAGAUCCGAAAGGCUGAGGAGGAGCGUGCCCGUGGGGUUCAGUACGACAACCGCGGCUUCAGAAUAGGUGGCUUUUAAAUUUCUAGGAUUGUUUCUCCAUCACACCACUAGACGCCCCAUGACUCCCUCACCCCUUCACCGUCCGCCUCGCCCCCAUCAACACCACCCUGCCGGCACAUGAACUUACAUACACUCCCGCCCCUAAGCCUUCAUAUACGGCGUCCACAGUAACACACGCUCACAUAUAUACAUCGCCUUGAGAGUUGUUAAUAAAGAGCAUAAAAAAAUGUCCCUGUAUCUCAUGUAUCAUUAAUCCCAACGACUUUUUUUUUUUUUUAAUGGAGGGGGUCUCCUUUUCUUUUUUUUUUUCUCUCUUUUUUUUUUUUUUUAUGCCGCGUCUGCCAAGGUGAGCGGCCGCCCGUCCCCUCGUGAGCAUCCUUCGCCUCUCACUCGUCAUGCCGCGAGGGGGAGAAGAGGAGAGGGACAAUGACUCAAGAAGAAAUGAGAGGGAACAAGACCAGGAAAAAUAUAUCUUACAAAGU